GAUGCAGAAGAAUACACAGAUUUGCCAGUAAGACACAAUGAAGAUCAUAUGAAUAGUGAACUGGCAAAAUGUCUUCCCGUCGAAUUAAAUCCCCAUUCCUUUGACAGCCCUCACACCAAAGCACAUCUCCUGCUACAGGCACACCUCAGCCGAGCCAUGCUACCCUGCCCGGAUUAUGACACUGAUACCAAAACUGUCUUGGACCAAGCUCUCAGAGUGUGUCAGGCCAUGCUGGAUGUGGCUGCAAACCAGGGCUGGCUGGUGACUGUCCUGAAUAUCACCAAUUUGGUUCAGAUGGUGAUCCAGGGUCGGUGGUUGAAAGACUCUUCUCUUCUUACACUGCCAAACAUAGAACACCAUCAUCUUCACCUUUUCAGGAAGUGGAAGCCAGUGGUCAAGGGCACACGUGCAAGGUGUCGGACCUCUAUCGAGUGCCUUCCUGAACUGAUCCAUGCCUGUGGAGGGAAAGACCACAUAUUUAGCUCCAUGAUAGAAAGUGAGCUACAUGCUGCCAAAACGAAGCAGGCAUGGAAUUUCUUAUCCCGCUUGCCUGUGAUAAAUGUUGGCAUGAGUGUUAAAGGCUCGUGGGGUGACUCAGUUGAAGGACAUGGUGAACGCUCUGUGUCAACUCUGACUGCAGACAAGCGAGAUGACAACAGGUGGAUCAGAUUGCACGCCGACCAAGAGUAUGUGCUUCAAGUCAGCCUGCAGAGAGUCCCUGUUGGGUUCCACAAGGGAAAGCAAGAGAGCUGUGCAGUUACCCCUCGAUUUCCCAAAUCAAAAGAUGAAGGAUGGUUUUUGAUAUUAGGAGAAGUGGACAGGAGAGAACUUAUUGCUUUGAAAAGAGUGGGAUAUGUACGAAAUCACCACGUUGCUUCCCUUUCUUUUUAUACCCCUGAAGUACCUGGAAGGUAUAUCUACACACUGUAUUUCAUGAGUGACUGCUACCUUGGCCUGGACCAGCAGUAUGACAUUUAUCUCAAUGUCACACAAGCGAACAUUUCCACACAGGUCAACAUGGAGGUCUCUGAUGCCCUUGCUGACCUGGCAGUAAAGUAACCUGACCCGAACAAUCCAUUUGAAAGAAGUGGUUAAGAAGUCUGGCUGUUUAGUCAUCCAGACAUAGUUGAAUUACUUGAUGUUUGCCUUGACAGAAUCAACUUCUAACCUCAAGACAUCCAGGAAAUUGACAGUGGCUGCAGUAUUGGCUGCAGUAUUGACUCCAACAACAUAAAGUUAGCCACUGUGGCCUUUUAACAAAUAUUGCCUUCCAAAAUGUUGUCUUCAUGGGUUUCUUGAUAUUUAAGAUGAAUAAGCAUGUAGGAUAAUCUUUUAAUUUCUAUAUAUUUGAGGCGGCAUUUAGGAGUUAUCAAUCAGUUUUCACAUCUCACAGUGUAAUGUUUACAUGAAUAUUGGCUUUUUUUUUUUCAAGGAAAACCACAUUGAGGUGUGAUGGUGUUAGGAAUUGUUGUAACAGAUUUCUAACUCUGACACAUAAAAUAUAUAGUAUAAACCUGAAAGGUAAUACACAAUGUGUCUUGUUAGCAAAAUGUGUACUUUGAUAUGAUCACAUGUAGAAAUAGUUUCAAGAAUUUCUUAUACUCAUAAAUGUUAAUAUAUGAUAUAAAAUUAUAUUAUGGAGCCUAAUGAUGAUAACAAAGAAAACAGAAUAUACUGAUCUUAGGAAAUGUGGAUACUGUUACCUGGGAAAUAAAGUAUACUGAGUGCCACUUCCGGA